AUGGCGACUGGCGCUCCUCAAACUGAGUCUGUGGCUAAGUCCUUCUCCGCCAAAUCCCAGGGCUGGCGAGAACAAAUUGCGACCGGCGGGAGGUUAGUAGAUCAUCCUUCAUUGCGAAACAAAGUCUACAGAAGUAACGGUCCAGAUAUCAUUAAUCGCAUCACCUGGGACCCGGAGUUCAAGCGCAGCGAAUACAUUAUUGGCUUCGUGGAUCGAUUUGAAGGACAGUUAGAGAUCAACAUGGACAACUGGAAGAAGGAUUCGACAGACGAAGAGUUCAUUCCACAGCAUCGCAUCCUAUACAUUCAGCGGGUCGGUGGAGGGAUCGUAUGGGAUCGAAGAAGACGCAUUGAUAAGAUCUUCAUGAGUGGAAAUUCAGCGUUCAGCGAGCUGGCGUUCUUGAUUCUCUCUCGCUUCAUGAUGGAUCCAUUUAAGUCCAAGAGACCCUCACUUCCUCGUCUGGAGACGGACAUCUUGCCUCCACACCGUCUUCCGCCGCGUCCAGCCACGCUGACGCUCCCUCUGGCGCCAGUGCCUAUUCCAGAGAUUUCAGAGACAAAUGUGCGAAGAAUUGGGACUGUGCCGAGUCUGAUUUUCAAGGAGGUUACCAACGAAGAAAACCUGCUUCCGAAAGCUCGCUAUGAUCCCGAUAAGGCCUUUUAUGUGACCGAGAAGAAUGUUGCAGAAGAACAGAUGGUCAAAAAGAGACCCCAACAGUACUAUGAAGAGUUCUUUGGUGGUCGUGACUCUUCUGAUCCUCCUCGGGAGCGUAUCUAUCAGGACUCUGUCCUGGUCGCUGAACUUAAGACCAGUCACGCGGUCAAGUAUGAGCGAUCAAAACUUGCUAGAGACUUUCUCAGUCAUCUUUCUCUAGUCUACCAGCGUCCGGGAAAUUCUAUCAUGGUCACUAUUCAGCAAGAUACCUGUGUGCUGUUUGGCAGCAACAAUACUCUCUCGGCCUACUUGCUAACGAUAUACGCUCUUCCUUCGAUGAUCGCGCCUGUCACAAAUGUUCGCAGCACAGCGCUUAUCCAGAAUACCCUCGAAGAGCUGCUAGGCAUUCCACCCAACCUCGGCGUCACCAUCUUCAUCCCCGUUAGAGAAGAAAACCUUGCGACAAACGGUACGACAAUUCGAAACGAGAUCUCGAUGAUUGAACGCAACGAGGAUAGUCCUAGUAUUUUCAAGUCUAUCUCUCGGCCAUCUGCUGCCAUCACCGCUUCGCCAUCACCACACACACCAUGCGAAAGACCAGCAUCUCCUCGUGAGAAAGAGUUGGGGACGACGGGCAAAGAAGGUGGGUUCCGAAAGCGCAUCUUCCAACUGCUGAAGGACAAGAUGACGAUGGAAGUUGAGGACAAGGAGGCAACGGAGGCUCAGGAGAAGAAGAGUAAGAAAGGGGAGGCCAGGGAAGAUGUCGUACUAGAAGCAAGGUCAAUCGAGAAUGGUGCCGCUGCCACCAUCACCGAAACCGAGAAUGGU